AUGAAUCGCACCCCGAUCUAUUGCCCCGUCUGUGACGUGACCCUGUCAAUCAAUGUGAGAUGGCAUCAACAUCUCAGAUCAGAACAACACAAAAUUAAGGUUAUUGAGCCGGUUGAUGAUCGAAUCAAGCGAGUAUCGGCCGGAUUCGGUGGACGAAUCAUACAUUAUGUGUAUGAAAAUCGGGAUGAGGGAAUAAAAAUGCCAGACAGUCUAAAGCGGAAAAAGGCAAUAAUAAAUGUAGUCAACAGAGACGAUGACCUCUGUUUUAAGUGGACAUUGAUUGCGGCCCUGACCAAUCUGGAUAAUCACGCAACCCGUUGUGCCUCAUACAACGUGAGGAUAUAUGAUGAUGCAAUAACAGUGAAAAAUAUAACUCUGCAGUUUGCUGGACUGGAUUUCCCGCUGAACCCAAGACACAUCCAAAGGUUUAUGGAUAUAAACCCGGAUAUUAGUAUAACGUUGUUUGGAUUCGACAACGAAAAAUCACAAGUGUUUGGGCCCUUGUUUUAUCCGAAGGAGGUACGCGAGCAUCAUAUUAAUAUGCUACUCAUAGAAAGUGACCACAGUGCUCACUAUACCUGGAUUAAGCGGUUAUCAGCGUUAAUUUCAUCGCAGACUGGAAGGCGCAAGGUGAAGCAAUGGUUCUGCAACAUUUGCUUGAAUUAUUCGCAGAGUGAGGAGGCAUCCCUACGACACAAGGAGAUAUGUAGUGGGAAGGUGUCCACACUUCCUCAUCCGAAGCAAGCAAUGCUUAAAUUUAAAAAUCAGCAUCGAGCUCUUAAGGUACCGUUUGUGGUAUACGGAGACUUUGAAUGUCUUCUGGAGCCGACAAAUGUAGCAGUAAGUGCAAACACAAUAAAUGUUAAUACCCAUAUACCUAUAUCCUUUUCAUAUUAUUUAAAAUGUGCACACGAUUCUAGUUUAGAUGAGUUGGUUCUCAAAACCGAAUAUAAUGCCGCAACCUUUCUCCUCGACUUCGGCUCCAGGAAGCUAAUAAGCUAUCCCUAUGCACCAACUGCCUCCGAUCAGGCCAUCAGCAAGGUGAAUGUCGGUCACGAUCCUGCCGAGUAUGUGGUGCUAAGCAUAACACACUACUUCAUUCCGAGUCUUCGUCCUACACUUCUCAAGCCAUUCUGCCUCAACUCGUCAAAUCAACAUCGACUCUACGAAUUCCCGCGAUACCCUCUGUCGCUGAACAUGCCGUAA